CCACUCUACGACUUGCCUUCCAAUGGUAUGCUUUUGCAUGCUCCAGGUGUCGUGAAAGCCCACGGCGCAAUGAUGGUAUUGGCUUGGGUCUUCUGCUCCUCCGUUGCUGUCAUAAUCUCCCGCUACUACAAGGAUAUGUGGCCCAAUGCGGGUCUUCUUGGUGAACGUGUGUGGUUCCAACUGCAUCGUAUCCUCAUGGGCAUUUGUGUUGGUCUCACGUGCUUGUCUGUCAUACUCGCUUUCAUCUUCUGCCAGGGUUACUCUCAACUCAGGAUCUAUCCGGACUACGUGCAUCCCAUUCUGGGUCUCAUUGUGUUCUCAUUGGCUAUUAUCAAUCCAUUCGUCACCUUCUGCCGACCUCAUCCAAUGCACAAAAAUCGACCCUACUUCAAUUGGACUCACUUCAUUAUUGGAACCCUCGCCCACGUUCUCUCCAUUCCCACCAUCAUGUUGGGUCUUAGAAUGCCCUCAGCGGGAGUGCAGUUGCGCAGUCUCAACUACCCUCUCUGGAUUCUCAUCUUCUUUGUCAUCUUCCAGUUCAUUGUGGAACUCACUUUGGAGAUCCAUGGAUGCAUCCACUAUCGACGAAACAAACAGAAGAAAUUGACUUACAAGAAUGAAGUUGAACAAUAUCAGAAUGCCGUUCGUGUUGGCGGUGUACCUAUCCCUCGACCCGUAGAACCAGAGCCUUCUGGUCGUCUUUUCAAGUACUUCAUGAUCAGCUUGCACGCAACUGUAUCCUCUAUUGUAGCUGUGGUUUUGAUCAUCAUUAUCGCCGUAAAUUAA